AUGAGCUCGCGAAGAGUCGACGGCGACGGGGAACAUAAAAGUGACCAGUCCUCUGAGCAAACGCGAUCGCCGGAGCCGCCGGAGACCCUACCGCCGUCGCUGCAACAGUCGGGGGAUCCACAGAGGCGGGAGGUUCUCUUUCCCGCCCCUGCUGGGGCAGCGCGUCAACGCAAGGCAGUGCACUCUCCAAAGUCGGGCGAUGCCUCGUCGACCCACGAGAUAGUCAGCGCCAGCGCGGUGAGCGUUUUUGCAGAGGCAUCUCGUAGGCACAGCAGCAAUGUAGGUUGUCCGGAGAGGAACGGGAAGGACGAGGAGAGCGAGGAGGGCCGCCCGUCAACGGCGCCGGCUGCCGGGCCACGGCGGCUGAACAGCACCUCUCGCUGUCUCAGCCAAACGCUUGACACAGAGGCACCACCAGGCGUGACCAACGCCUUCCGCCGGUACCUGGAGCAGACCCGUCACAUGAUUCUCUCCGCCGACAGCAGUGAAGUUGACCGCGCCGUGGCGCUUGACGGGCUGCUGAUGCGCUGCCGUGAGCUCUUCGACCUGCUGAGGGACAUGUAUGCCCUUGUGCAUGUGCCGGGCGCGACGGCUGACCGCAGGCAUAUGUCAAUGGUGAAGAUUCUACCGUACGACGAAGUCUCCACUCCCUCGUCGACGUCCGUGUCGUCCACAUCGAGCAUCCGAUCCGACUCCGCAUUGAGGACCCGAGCAAGCACCAGCGACACCAAAGGCGUGCCGUUAUCAUCCACGACGCAGCCGUGGAACUCGCAGCUGCCGCCUCUUAGCUGGAGGCCGUUGACGGCCGCUACUGCAGCGCGCUCAAAGGGCGCCUUCGAGCGAGGCCGACGCACCAGUGUGAGCAGCUGCAGCAGCAGUGUAGCGUGCAUCGAGGUGCUGAACAAUUACUACAUGACGCAGCUGAUUGGAGUCGGGGCGACGGGACGCGUGUACCUGGCAGUGGACAGCCAUACCUGUAAAGCAUUUGCCAUGAAAACGGUACUGCGACACAGCCGCAGGACCGCCGUUCGCCGCUUUCCGCUGGCGUCAAUGAGCACGUCAGUCAGUGAGGCGCUGCAGUUGGAGGGCUCUCCGCCGAGGGGUGCGCACAUCGACGGCGCCGCUGCGCAUGCGGCUGACAGCACGACCACCAGCAACGCCUCUCUUGCUGUUGUGCAACCCUUUUCGAUGGGCGUUGCAUCGGCGCGUCCAGUUAUGCGGCGGGAAGGCACGCGUGACAGCAUGGAUGUGAACCCCUGCGAGGCAGCGCUCGAGUCCCUCAUUCAUAUGGCUGCGACGAGCCGCCCAAGUGACGCUCUGAUUCCGUUGGUGGAGAGCGUGACCGCGUCCUCCUCGGCUAUGACGCCUGGCAGCAGCGACGUCGACGCCCCAAACACGCCGAAGACACCACCACCGCGGACAAGCUCCAACACGCACCUCAACGGGAGAAACUCACCAAUCUGUGCGGGCGGUGCCGGGCUGCCGACGACGAUGCCGAGGUCGACGAACGCGGGUGAAGGCGUCGGCGGCGACAGCGGCACCAAGUCCGUCAAGUCAGCACAUUCGAGUGAGCUGCCGGCAGUGGAGCGGGAGAUUCGCGUUAUGCGCCGUGUGUGCAACCACCCGCAUGUGGCUCAGCUGAAGGAGGUGAUCGACGACGACAAGGAGGAUUCAGUGCACCUCGUCAUGACGUACGCCGAAAACGGCCCGCUCACCGUGAUGCACGGGUUCGACGCCGCUCUCGGGUGUGCACCGUGCGACGUUGUGCGGCCGUUCUCGCGGUGUACUCGUCUGCUGCACCAACUCGCAGAGGCCCUCAUAUACGUGCACCGUCAGCGCAUUGUGCACAACGACGUGAAGCCGGACAACAUUCUUCUCACUGAGGCCGACAACAUCCUUCUCACAGACUUCGGUGAGAGCGUGCUGAUCUCCAAGAAGCUGCCACGGAUGUCGGCGGCGGACAUGUCCAUCGGUGCAGCUGGGGGAGAGGGGCUCAAUGCGAGUGUCUUGGUGCCGCAUAACCGCUGGAAGCCGUCUCGCGGUGCCAAUGACAGCUGGGCAACCUUGAGCACGGCGGAUCGCUCGCCUUGUAGCUCUAGCCCGGCAGGGUGCACCGCGAACACAUCGCAGAUGAUGGCAGAGGUGUCUUUCCUGCCGGACUCGUCCAUGUUCUUGGCCGCCGGCGUCGAUGUGGAGGGGCGACUCAAAGGGAAUCGGUCAGCCAUCGGCACCCCCGCCUUUGCGGCACCAGAGCUUAUCAUGAGCAGCACCUGCAGCUACGAUUCGGACGCGUGGUCUUUUGGAGUGGUGCUCUACUCUGUCAUCUUCGGCCGCCUGCCGUUUGCGGCGGCGACGAUCAGUGAAACGUUCAGCGAGAUCUUGCAUUCGGCACUGUCGUUUCCGGCUUUGGAAAAGGUGCCGGAGCGGGUCGGGAUGACGGAGACGGAGUACCACCAGUGGGUGGAACUAUGCACAAAGCUGCUGGUGCGAGAGCCGCGGCAGCGACUGCCGCUUUCAGCGGUGCUGCGCCACCCGCUGUUCCGCACAUCAGCAGCUGUGGGUGCGAAGUCAUCCACGUCGUCCACAGGUGGCAUGGAGAUGCCCCGUGGUCGAUGCCCACCCAACAGAAUUCAUAGCGACUUGUCUUCGGCGCCGACCCUAUGGUGGUUGAACCCCAGUAGCCAGGCUUCGCGCCCAGUGUCCGGCAAAGAAGGCUCGCCGUUGAUGUCACGGGCUGCGCGCGCAAACAUACCACCAUUGAUGUCGCGAGAGGUUGCUGCUUCUGUGUGCGCUGUUGCGAAUCGCCGACGCAGCACAGAGGGGUCUACAUCGGCGCCAUUGACGAGAGGUGGCGCGGUGCGCGACACCAUGCUUGACCGCCAUCGGUUGCAGACCAUGAGAGCCAGUAGCCAGACCUCCUCCACCUUCGCGAGCUCCGGCACUUCGACGGUUUCGCUGAGCCCCCCGGCUGCCAGCGCCGGCUUUGUGCGCCGUUCUAAGCCGACCAUCGCGGAAACUGCGGUGCCGCAGAUGUGGCCGGAGGUGCGGCCACUUCAAGCGGCCCGCCUCCAAUGCCAGUGCCCCUCGCCGAACUCCUCGCCCGAGAGGCGACAGUCCUUCUCCGGCGCCUCAAGUGUUUACACAUCCUCCUUCACGGCUACUGACCAUGUGACCAGGCCGCGGGAGAAUACGCUCGUUUACAAGCAUGACGUCAUCAGUCAGAGCGCCAGCGCGAUCCAAAGUCCAAUCAACCGGUCUUUCUUCUCGAUAUCGACCCCGUUCAAGGAGUCGCCGCCAGAUCACGUCGGGACGCCGGGGAUUCAGUUGACAAGCUGCACUGACUUCACCUCCCCACUGCCCUGUCCCCUUACGCGCGCCGGCAGCAGCACUCCCGACCUUGGCGCGGGGGACCAUGAGGAGGAUCGACAGGAUGAGAGCGGCAAAGAGGAGUCAAGCAGCUCCAAUGCUGCUGGCGCCGCCACUGCUGUGGCGGUCGUCGCCGCGCCAGCGCCUCCGGCCUCACCACCGGCGACGUCAUCAACGGGGCGACCGCGCUCCGUCGCAUCGGCGAGGGGGGCACGUCAGGACACUGCGGCAGUGGGGCCAUAUGUUCAGCGCCGGCGCAGCGAGGAGGAGCCGUGUGGGGAGGACGGCAGCAAUGGUGGCGGCUGCAACUUCUCGUACUGGGGCUUUUCGAGCGACGUGGCAGACAGCGGCUACAGCGAGGACGAGGGGGGGAAGCAGGACGUCAACGAUAAAACGUCGCAGCUGCCAAAGCCGCCCUUGCGACCGCCCCGUAGGCGCUCGGCCCACUCUUCGGGUGGUGUAAGGCCGCUGGCCUCUCUGCAGGAAGUAGUCGCUCAACACGCAAAACCCAAGGGCAGAAGUGAGCACCUGCAAUCUGUGACUGACGUCCCUUACGGCAACUCGACGAUCGUUCUCGGAAGCCCCGAGAACCUCUCCGCGACAAGAGAGAUGGUGCAGAAGGCGCGCGAGACGGAGUCGCCGGUGGAGCAACGGGCCUCGAAGUUGUCACCGCUGCUGAACAAUCUGGAGGUGAACGACGCCGACCGUGGUGGCUCCUCGUCACCGUGCCCAUCACCGCUGAAGUCGACAUCUGAGAUACCCCCUGCACAGGCGAAAAAGUCGCGGUUCUGGUUUCGUCGUUAA